AUGUUUGGGCAGCGCGAGACCUACCUGGAUGCAGUACGGCGUCGGCAGGACCGCGAGGCGCUGGCGCAGCUGCGCACCGGGUCGCAUUGGGGCGCGGAAGAGACCGGCCGCUGGACGCGGCGCCCCCGAGAGCAGCGAGUCUGCCCCCACUGCCACGACGGCAUUGAAGAUGCCCCCCACAUGCUGCUCACCUGCCCCCUUUACGCCCCGCUGCGCCUCAACUUUCCUGACCUGUUUGCUGAGCCCCAUCCUCCCCACCGCUUCCUCCGCCAGAAACCGUGCCGCCUCGCCGCCUUUGCUGCCGCCUGUCACCAGCGCUGGCUGACCGCCACCGUUGCGCUGCCUGCAGUCCCGCCCUGA